CAUUUCCGGACCGGUCCAAAUGGCCGGAGCUUCAUCACGACUACUCUCCCUCAUCCCCCACCACCACCACCGCCUCCGUUUCUAUCUUUUCCGAUUAACCGGCCGCCGUUCUCUCACCACCACCAACGACCACCGCCACCUCCUCAUCAAUCUCACUCCCCACAAAUCAUUUUCUCCAAUCAAAUUAACUCAAAUUUAUUAUCAUUCAAAUUCCAAUAAUAAUAACUAUGCAUUUCAAGGUAACAGUCGUGGUCCGUCCAACAGCUGCCACGUGUUUCGGGGUCAUCCUUGGCCCGAAUGGUCCCGGUUACUUGAAUCUUUAUACGGGUCAAGUUACUUCAAUCUUGGUGGGAACUUUGAAGUUGAAAUUUUGUUGAAUGAGAACUUACCAGUAGAAUUCAUUAAGGAUGUGAAUUCGUGUUUGGCUUUCGCUCGUGAUCGAUUUAAUCUUAUAAGUUUACUUCCAAGGAAGGAUAUUGAGGUUGUAAUCAACAAUGGAUUUCCUUUUUUAUUUAAAAGUGCUCAUGAGACUGAGAGAAGAAUGAGGGCUUUCUUACAGGGAGAGGAAUCAAAUCAAACAACAUUAAUGGAAUUGAUGAAGUACAUAUUAAGUUAUGUAAGUGGUCGUAUCAUUUACCCUGAAAGACGCAUUGAAGAGGCUAUUGAAUCAUCUGUCAGAAGCUUGUUACAAGAGCUGACUGAUGUGAGCUAUAUUGGCCGACCAUCUGAGCAAUAUAAACAAAUGCCAAGAAAUCUUGGACCAAAUAUUACAAUGAAGAGAGGUGAUUGGAUAUGCACAAAAUGCAGUUUUAUGAACUUUGCAAGGAAUUCUAAGUGCCUUGAAUGUGAGGGGCCGAGACCACAAACACAGUUGACCAGUGGGGAGUGGGCUUGUCCUCGAUGUAAUUUCUUUAACUACCGAAAAAAUAUGGUGUGCAUAAAGUGUGAGUAUAGUCGACCAAACGAUGCUCUGUUAUAUGAAGCUUCACCUGGGCAGGCAAAUACACCAUAUGGUGAUAAUGGCACUCCUGAACAAUCCUUUGAAACCAUGUAUGUUCCGAGCAGGCAGAUUCAAAAUGCUGAUAAAGAAGCUAAAACAGAAAAUUGGUUCAAGAAAAUAAAGGAGUUGCAUGCUGUCACAGGCCCGACAAGCGAUAUUUCGCAUCAUGAUCUUUCUCGGAUUAUUCCCAUCCGUAAAGAGGAAGACCAUUUUGUUGAGAAUAACAAGAAAGAUGAAAGGUUUUCUUUAAAGCAAAGACACCAGGCCAUGGAGAAAGGAAGUAAUAGCAGCUUUGCUCCUUUCGUUCCAUUUCCACCUGGCUUUUUUGCUAGGAAAGAUGACCAGCAGCUGCCCAACAGCAAUGAAUUUUGUUAUCCAAAUAAUGCCACAUUCGAUAAAAAUUAUGUGCAAGGAACGGGAAACCUGCAGACAAGAAGCACCAAUAACUUGGAUUCAACGUCAUCUUUUAGCAACAUAACCCAAUCUAGUGGAGAAACGAAUGCCUAUUCAUCUAGUAAUCAGAUAAGAAGACACGAGCAUGAUCCUGAAGACAACAGAACCCUAUUUGAUGGAGAUAUGAAUACCAGUUCAUCCAGUAACCAUUUCAAAGUAAACGAGCAUAAACCUGAAGGCUACCAAACCCAAUCUAAUAGAGAUACUAAUGCCAAUUCGUUUAGUUACCGGUACAGGAAAAACGAUCCUAGACUUGAAACUACACAUGUUGGUCAACGGACUCCAGAGAGUAUGAAUGUUAGAAGUGGGUGGACAGGAAAGAGUCUGGAGGGAUCAGCAGUGACAGAAUCUGAUCCACUGGACAUGUCAGAAGAGGCAAAGGCAGAAAGGUGGUUCAGACGUGUUGCACAGAUCAAGGACAUUUCCGAGUUAAGCCAAAUUCCUGAUGAAGACUUCCCAUCCAUCAUGCCAAUGCGUAAAGGGGUGAAUCGGUUUGUUGUGAGCAAGAGGAAAACACCACUAGAAAGGAGAUUAACGUCUUCUCAGUACAGAAAGAAUCUUAGGAUAAUGAGCUCUGACCCAAUGAAAAAGGAAGGCGAAGAUGAUAACUGAACAUUGAAGGGUGAACUGUAUGCUGUUUUUGUUGAAUCAGAAAUAUAUAAACACACACUUGAACACAGGGUAUCUUACCAA